CUUUGUUUGUGUUUCUGUUUAUGGUAUAAGCUUAACACCUAGCACCUUCUGUACGUAAACAUGUGAGAAAGAAUUGCUUCAAUAAAUAAAACUAAACAGAAUUGUGUUACUGCUAAGCCCAGUUGUAGUUUUGAAUGUAAAAUCAAGUCUUAUUGCGCGAUAUUAGAAAACGCAGUUGCCUUCUUUCAAUAUUGACUAUGAAUCUAUGAUAACGCAUGUUAAAUCGGUAGAGUUUGGUUUUAAUUGUAAAACAACUCUUUUGGCAUUUUUUACCAAACUGAUGUUGCUACAAUCUACUUUUUUCUAAAUGUUGUUUAAAAAUAAAUUACAGCGCCUCUUUUUUCUCUGUUUUAAUAAAACGAUUUACGCAGUUGUGCAGUCCAGCAAGAUCAAAACUAUUGUUUAUUAACAUAUACAUCUCAAUACAUAUAACCAAGUAAACCAACAGAGAACUGUUACUACAAUUUCACCACAGUACUGAGUAGCUUGAUGUCAGCAGCAGUUUAAGUUUAUAUUAAUAAAUAUCUGCUUUAUUGUAUCCAAAACUGAAGGUAUGCCUUUUGUUGUAAGGCAUCUUCACUUUAACCAGGACAAAAGUUGCUUCACAUGUUCUAUGGAUGAUGGGUUUCGUGUCUACAAUGUUGAACCUUUAGCGGAGAAAUGUCGUAUAGAUGCAGACAAAGUUGGGAGCUGCUCCCAAGCUGUUAUGUUUUACAGGAGCAACUUGGUUGCUGUUGUGGGGGGUGGAUUGCGACCAAAGUUCCCACAGAAUGUUGUUCGAAUCUGGGACGACAAGUUUAAAAAGUUUGUGAUCGAAUAUUGCUUCAACAGCAAUGUCCUUAAUGUUCAUCUCUUCAGAGACAAACUGAUUGUUGCACUAUCACGCAUGGUGUAUGUUUUCAGUUUUCCAAAUAAAUCUGAAAAACUUGCUGAGAUCGAAACGCGACCUAAUCCUUUAGGACUCUGCCAGGUUAGCCCUGCAUCUGACAAGCAACUGAUGGCAAUUCCAGGCCAUAAGGUUGGAGGGUUACAGCUCAUUGAUGUAACUACUGUGGAUAAGACAGGGUCCAGUUGCCCUAUAACUAUCAAUGCUCAUCAAACAGAUGUGGCAUGUAUCGCAUUGAACCACCAAGGUACUAUAGUGGCCACUGCAUCUGAAAAAGGGACUUUAAUCAGAUUAUUUGACACAAUGUCUCGGCAGAAGUUAGUUGAACUAAGGCGUGGUUCAGACCAGGCAGUCCUGCACUGCAUAAACUUCAGCAAAGAUUCCUCAUAUCUUUGUGCCUCAAGUGACAAGGGUACCGUCCACAUAUUUGCGUUAAAAGACACCGCCUUGAACCGAAGGUCCGCUUUUGCUAAAGCAGGGAAAGUAGGGCCUUUCCAGCAAUACACAAACUCCCAGUGGAGCUUCAGUAACUUUACAGUGCCUGCUGAAUGUGCGUGUAUGUGUGCAUUUGGGCGUGGUAACUCAGUCAUUGCAAUUUGCAUUGAUGGAACAUACCAUAAAUAUGUUUUUACUGCCGACGGCACAUGCUCAAGACAAGCAUAUGAUGUCUAUUUAGAAAUAGGUGAUGAAGUUGACUUUUAAAUUGUAAAUUAUUUUGGCGAAUACAUUCAAAUACCCGUCAAUACAAACACCUGUAAUCAAGUAUUUCCAUUUAAAGAGUAACUGUAAAUUGAAACCUGCUGUGAUGUAUUUGUAAAAUAUGGAACAAAUGUGCAAUAACAAUUCUUACUUUUUGCCAUUACUUCUAUAGCCUCAGUAGUAGUAUACUUGCUGCAAAUUAAAGGAAUUGUUUUAAAUAUUACUCAACUUUUUUUCGCUGACACAUGCUUACAACUGCAGUGUGUCAUCAUGUAUUGUAUGUACAUGUGUAGCAUUCUAUCUUUGCUUUUCUUUGAUACUGUAGUAUUACUGUUCGCAUUUCUGUUGUUAUUUGCUGGUGCUGACACGGAAAAAGAAAUAAAUCUGCAGUGUUAUUAAGGUUUUCUAUGGUAUUUUUACCUAUAGGCAUCAGUGCUAUAAGUGCUGUAACUUACAUAAUAUAUAUACUUUAACAGUUGUCUACCAUUACCAAUAUUUUACUUACAGUUAUAUAAUAGUAAUUAUCAAAAUCAACAUAUUUGUAAUAUUGUUUAAGAAAUGCAAAGCAGACAUCAGUACAGCACCCUUGUUUAAGAAUUAAAAAAAAAUGUCUGUAUUUCUUUUUGGUUUAAAUACCAAAACCAUCUUUACUGAUGUGAGAAGUUAUUUUAACUAGUAUAUACUAUUCCCAAAGUUGAUUCCUAUGUUCCUUAUGCAUGUUUAUAUUUGUGUAAAA